AUUCGUCCUCGCGCGCCACGUCGUCUUCUAUCUCGGCACAACCACGCUAGACUGGCGUCACCUGUUCGCCCUCGCGAUCUUCUACGACAACACCGCUCUGCGAGGCAGCCAGUUCUUGGACCUCUGUGCGUCCGGGGAGCUGCUCACGCACGUCGGCUGGCAAAUCUUCUACACAAUGGCGCACCAGCGCGGCUUCCGCGGGCUGCAGAGCGACGACACAAACCCCCAAGGAGGAGGAGCAGGAGGAGUCGCCGAGUUUCUCGCGAGCCUGACCCUGUCCACGGCCAUGGCGAGGAUGCGCGAGGCCCGCUGGGUCGACCUGCUCCAGUGGUACCGCCUGUGCCGGUGCACGCUCGAGCGCGACCGGUACUGCGCGCUGCUGAGCAUCGCGACGGAUCUCGACGUCGCCGCGCACCCGGAGCUCGCGCCCGACUACACGACGGCGGAUGCCGAGCUGGAGCUCAAAAUUGGCAAGUUCCUGAUCCAGCAGCAGCCCGAUGGGCGCGAGACGUUGAUGCGUGCCGGGCUGGUCACGCAGACGCAGACGAGCACGGACACUGACAAAGAUCGACCGAGCUGGAUGCAGAGCUUUGCACAGUUCCGCCUGGACUGCGACGCGCAUUCUGAGCAGACUUCGAUGCACAAUGCCAGCAUGGCUGCCGGGCCAGACAGCGUGUUCGUCGCGAGGUCGGUGCCGGACUGGCCCGAUGUGAUCUGCGUCCAGGGAUACAAGGCCGAUGACCUGCUCGGCGUAGCGAGGCAGACUGACCACAAGAUGAAGCAUGAGGAGCGUGUGUGCGACUACAUCUGCAGCGCGUUUGAGAUGUUCUCGGCGAGGGUGACAGCGCUCAAGCUGCCCAACGUCGUGGAUAGGGAGUGCAUAGAGGCCAUGGUCACAACCAUGGCGGCCGACACGUGGAUUCCGUCACACACGCGGGACAUGGGCGUGCUUGUGCUCGGGUUGUUCGUGGUCCUUGUGUCACGCAAGGGCCAGUUUGACGGUUUCCCAGGCUGGAAGACUGUGCUCGCGGGCAUCUUGCAGUCGGCCUACGGUCACGACAAGGUCCUGACUGCCGAUGGGCGCAUCGCCGUCUCGGAUGAAGUAACCAUGCAUGCGUUCAAGAGCUUCUUCAGCCACGCGUUCUCGCCCUGCAUCUUCGGUAUCAAGGCCGCCAUCACGCGCGAGGGAUCAUUUGCCAAUGUCCCCCCACUCUCGGAGCCUAUGGACGAGAUCUGGAUCGUUUCGGGAUGUAGGUUGCCGGUCGUGCUCCGAAAGAGUGCUCGCCGGGAGGGCAUGUUCCGCCUGGUGGGCGUCUGUUACGCCCACGGUGUCAUGGACGGAUCUUUGUUGUUGCGGGAGGACUUUGCGUUUAGGGAUGUGCUUAUCUGCUGAUGACUACUGUAUGGCAAUGGUCAGCUAUGCUGUAGGACGUGAUUGAGGAUGGAUUGUGUGUGCUUGUCGAUGCUUUUGAAUGGGCUUAUGCUUCAGACUGUUGCAGAGUGAAAUGAGCUAUUAUUUGGGUUUAUUGAUUCGGUCUGGCGAGCUGCUGUCCCCUGAGAUAGGCGUUAAGCACCUUCCUCUUUUUGGUACCUCAUACCAUAAUGCAGAGCAGCCCCGGCAUUGUACCGGCUGGGAGCACUAAAUUGGAGGCAUGUUAACAUUCUAAAUAGGAUACGAAUCAUAAGCAAGACACCUG